AUGCAAACAAAAGACGAACAGAAUGAGAAAUUGCUCACAGAAGCUGCAAAACACCUAGUGCAAAACGUGCUACGCAGUGUGGAAGAAUCUGACGAAGAUAAAGAAACACCACAUCUGAGAAGACCUUCAAACUCUGAUAAAUCUUCUGAUACACACGACCAUAACAUUAAAGAUCACUCGAGUAACGAAAAAAUCGAUACAGAAGAAAACGAAAGUGUUGUUGAGGCUCAACCAGUUGAAAAAAACCGGGAUUCAAUCACAGUUAAAUUUGCCGAAGGUCUAUCCGUCACGAACGCGAAUGCGGUAAAGAUUGUUUCCAGUUCGACAUCAACAACAACAACAACAACAAGCACAAGUGAGGAGAUCUCAUCAGUUGAGGAAGUUCCUCGUCUGUGUGAGACCAGGAUUGGGUUUAUACACCCCCUGGGACCAAUUCCGAUUUCCCCUGUCGUUCAGUUUCCGACUGAAAUGACCAAAGUACGUUUUCCAGUGGAAUUAGAGCACGGAUGUGUUCACGAGGAUAGAUUUUAUGCUCCAAUCCGAAGUAGCGGAGUUGGUGCUAAUUCACCAGGGAGCCCACAUGCCUGUCUCACUCUGAUCGAACCGAUCGAUCUAUCUGGUGACACAAUGUGGCAAUCCACGACGACUGAUCUGGCCAUGGCUUCCUCUCAACCGGAAACAAAAACAGCCGCAACAAUCAUUGAAUCUUCUGGUCCAGUGACCGCUACUUCGUGGUACAGUUCCGAGAGAAAUGGUCAUGUACCGAUAUCUGAUUCGCCCAAUCCCACCGGUUUGAUCCCAUCGAAUUCCGGUGAGAAUGUGAUUGAGACGGAAAAUUCAAAAGCACCGAAACCCGUAAAAUUGACAAAAGACACAGUCACAAAUAACCUGAUAGAUGAAAAACUUGGUCCAUUUACUCAGGCUUUACCAACUUACACGCCAUCGAGAGUCUAUUUGCGCACAAUUAAUCAAAAUCUUACUCUCAACUCGGCGGGAUUCAGCAACACGGGUUCUCCUUAUAGUCAGCGAUAUGUGCCCAAUUUUUACACGUCAGAAACCGAGAAACCUGGCAUUAGAGACGAUGUGCCCAGAUUGGUUUUGUCCGACAGCCCACCAGAAACGCACAGACGAGUUAGAUCUAUUGAAGAAGUAUUAAGUCCCUGUCCCCUUUGUCCCAGAUUUGUACGUAGAUCAGUGAAAAAUUUGACACCAGUGCGGAACUCCUCCCCACUUCGAAAACGUCUUUCACUAUCCUGGUGGCAACCAUUAAACAGUACAGACCCGCCACGAUUCACUUUACCGGAACCGAGUGUAAAGGUGGUACGGCGUCUGGUUCAAGAACAAACCGCUCGUGAGCUGCGAAUGGCCAAUGCAAUUGCACAGGCUCAUAGAGAAGCCGAACUGCAAAAGGCGGCCAAAUAUGAACGAAUCCGUAAUCGUGCACGUCGACAUUCAAGUCGACAAUCAAGAACACAGUUGACCACCCACACGAAGGAGUUUACAAGACCGCGAAUAAAAGUGAAUCCCGAUUCUAUGCAUACACACUCUAUCAGAGUCUCUGGUGUGCAAAAACUGGCACCACGAAAUGAAUUUGAACAAAUCACUCAAACCGAUUCCGCUCAAACACGGCGCAAAUAUUCGAAUCACUCUGGCGCUUCAUCCACACGAGAAACCGAAAGUGAAACAAUCGAUGAUUUUUCCGACCGAAAACCGAUUUCCAUUCGCCUUGAUCAGCAAACAUUAACACUUCCGGAUAUGCCUAUCACAUCUCCCAGCCAAACAGUCACACCGAUUCCGUUGGAUUAUUCUCGAGUAAAUGAUAGCUCCGCGGGUGGACUCACGGAGACCGGAGCAGGUGUGUGUGAAAUACCCGAGGUGGAAUUGGAAACUCCGAAAGCCGAGGCCGCC